UUGUAUUUCGAUGAUGUUAUCGUCAUUUCUAUUUUUAUGUCGUAACUCCUUGACCUGGAUUAUAAAACAAUUGUAUGUAUGUCGUAGCAACAUACAAGUUAUAAUGAUCUGUAAACAGUAGCUAAUUAUUAAUAACGUUUGUGUAACAUACAACAGUCAUCUGUAUGCGUAGCUGGAAGAGGCUCGUCCUACACUGAAUUGCAAUGUUCAGAUUUAACAAUAUGUUUCCAUUUUGAGUCAAUUUCUGUUGAGAAUUUCAUGGGUAAAAAGUAACAAAAACCUUGGCAAUGUUUAGCAUAAGAAAUCGUUUGGUUCAGGCUGAACAUGUUAGCUCACCGAAAGUCCAUUCGGAGGAGGCUCAUGUUCAGACUGGAAGAGAUGCCGAGAAAAGUCUCCUCUGCGCUUUGGAAAAACGUGGUGUCAAUCGAUCCGAUAUAUUUUGUGGAUUGCGGGUACCAGAUGAUUUUCAGAUGAGGAAACACGAAAUUGAUUUGGUCGUCCUUACAGGUAAUGGGAUUUAUGUAAUUGAAGUAAAGAAUUGGUCUGGAACUGUGACGGUUAGCAAGGAUGGAAAAAGCUGGAUCCAGCGCAAAAGUGAAAGAAGCUCAGAACACGCCAGCAUCGAAUAUGAUCUGAAACACGACAACGUCCUUGAACAGCAGAGGCUACGUGCCAAUCUUCUACGAAAUCAUUUGAUACGUAAAGAUAUCUGCCUCCCAAUGAAAGUGUUUCGUCCAUACGUGGUGUUCAUGAAUGACAGGAUCAAAUUGCCUGAUGACUUGGCUUCGAUGAAGGAGAUCAUUUUGCCAGAGCGAUACACUCAAUUCCUGGAGUCUUUUCAGUUUACAUAUUUAUCGUCAAUACGGGAUGCCCUCGUACCAGGAUUUAUUUCAGGUCAGCUAUCUUACAGUUCGAUGGAAUCAACAAGGGCUGUGUUGAAAUCUAUUGGUACAUGGGAUGUUAUACAACUGAAUGGUGGAAAGCAGUUAAUAGGUGAUUUUAAAAGCUGCAGUCAAAUUUCACCAAAUCGCCAAGAGACAGAAAAGUUGCAAUUUGUUCACCAACGCAAUGCGAUUACAGCCACACUUUGGGCAAUACUUGGUUACACCCCACAGGUUUCUGUUUCAAUGUUGCAACGAGGUGGUACUGGUUGGAUAUGGAAUGCAAGCAACGGUUCAAUUAACAUACCAUACAACAUGAGCAUAACCUUCCGAAUAGCUGGAGAAGAACUGGACUCGCAGAUACCGGCCAAUGAGAUUGAUUAUAUUCAAAUUAGUAUAUAAUUGAUGGAUGUGGUAUAAUAAUGAAUAUUUAAGUAAAAUAUUCGGUUGGCCAUGGUUGAAGUAUUUGGGAGGAAUUUUGGGAUAUAAAUACAAGUUGGUGGUAAAUACACAAGGAUAAAUUCAUAUGAUUAUUUCAGUCAUAUGUCUUGCCAUCAUUAUUGUACAAUCAUUUGAGUUAUAAAUUAUGGUUUUCAUUUUCAUGACUGUAAAUACUUUAAAAUGAAUAAUCAAAAAUUUACAAAGAAUGAAAACAGAAGUAAAGCAACAAGUAUGCAAUAUUAACAUAAAUUUUUAAAGAUUUUCCAAGUGUCCUAAUAAUGGCCCUUAAUGUUCACCUCAAUUUGAUUGUAAAAUAGAAUAAAAUUCAAUAAAUAAAUGAUUUAAAGAGAUGCUAAA